AUGCCUUGCUCUCGUUGUCGUAAACCUGGUCAUAAUUCAAGCACUUGCAAUCAACACUUAUUAAUUAGCAAGAUUUCUUCCCCAGCAUUACUUACUGUAUCAGUACCAUGUCCACUUUGCAAAUCAACAGGCUUUAUUCCAAUGCCACCACAUUCAAUGUAUCCAUGCCAAAAAUGUGGAGCUCAAGGGGUCAUCUUGGUUCAAACAACCAGUACAUUCUAG